CACAUCAGACUUUUCCCAGUGGAGCUGGAAAAUAAGCUUCAAUGAAAACUGCCAGCUUGCGGCUGUAAAGGGAUUACAGGCACCACAGCCACUACUACUUCUGCUUUUCCCUACCUGGCCAGGAACAUAAAACCAGAAACUCCAUCAGCAGGCUGGAGAGGCUGCCUCAUUGCCUGGCAAACCUGGGAUAAUUUAUUUCUGUCUUCAGUGUCACUUCUUUUCCCUGCUGUUAUUGAGGCUUUUUUUCCUACUUCAAAGUGAAUGAGACCAGGCUAACCUCUGAAAGGGAAUGAAUGAAAUACAUACUGCUUGAGAAGAAGAAUCGCAUGAUUCUUGUGUAACAUCUGUGCAGCCUGAAACAAUGGUUUUGUCUGUCCCAGUUAUAGCUCUGGGUGCCACCUUGGGGACUGCAACUAGCAUCCUUGCCCUCUUCGGUCUCACCUGCUUCUGCAAAUGCAGGCGACCUAGGAAAGGACUCUCGGGAAAGGACCAAGACAUGGACACUGAAAACGCUAAGCCCAGUAUGCUUCAGCCAGUCCAGCAGUUCAGCGUUAAGAAGACUACUGAACCUAUCCAGCCUCGGACCCUCCUGAAGUUUCCCAACAUCUAUGGCCCAAAGCCAGUCGUGACUGCCCCAGAAAUUGUUAACUAUGUGGAUUAUGCCUUGAAGACAACUGAAGAGCCAACUAGAGGAAAGGAUGACAUUCAGGAUCAGAACAGAAUGAAGAUACAAGUCAAUGAAGAGUUAUUUGUUCUCCCUCAAAAUGUUCCAGGUGCAGUAAAGGAUGUGUGUGUCACCGAGCACCUGAACCCUGAGAAAGCAGCCAACUGUAACCAGGUCCCUGAACUCUGCUAUUCCCUUGGGUAUGAUCGACAGAAAGCUGAGCUGUGUGUGGCCUUUCUUCAAACUAUGCAUGGAAGCAUGAUAGGGGACCAGGAUGCUGGCUGUGACUGCUACAUCCUUGGCACCUUGGUAAGCAAGUCUGGCACCACAGAGGCCCAGACAGUGCUGAAGAAGAAAGUGCACCACAUCAUCUGGGAGGAAGCUCUGCUGUUCCCGUUAACCGAGGAGGAGGUGCUAGAAGGGAUGCUGACUCUCACCUUGAGGAACUGCGACAGGUUCUCUAGGCACAGCAUUGUUGGGCAAAUUAAACUGAGCCUGGCUAAUGUGGGGGAACCCUUCAAAAUGGCACAGUGGGAGAAACUGAAGACCCCUGAGAAGGUAUCAUGUCAAUACUUAUCAGUAGCUCAGGCAAUAUAA